GAGAGAAAGGAAAGAGAGAGAGAGGGAGAGGGGGGAGACGAACGGUGGAAGGUAUACUUGCCUUUGUGCGAAGACAGUGGCCUUAGCUGUCAAGUGCAGCUACUCUCUGGUCACGCUAAUGAAGGGCGGUGCGUGCUGUGCAAUGCGUGUUGUCCGAAAUGCGUGGAGCCAUCUGCCAUCGGCCUCUCAUCGCGGCGUUAUGCUUCUUUAUUGUUAGGAGGUGCUCGGAGCUCGCGCGGAAUUUUCCACUUAAGCCAUUUGAUGCCUUUAAAACGAGAUCACUCAAAUCAAAAUGUUCUUAUAAUAAUUAUGAAAUAUGUUAUCUGGCAAAUAAAAUUUGGCUUAUAACAUGGAUAAGUCACGCAAGAUUAAGCUGGCAUGGAAUAUGUUAAUAUAUAAGGGGUACAGGACAAUGAUCGACAUGUCGGUGCCUGGACUCAAGCAUAGCUGGUAGUACUACAUUAACACUGGCUUGCUACCAGCAGGGCACACACCCUGAUCAUACCUUUUGCAUUUCCUACCCUAGACCUGCAUACGCACUGACGCACACGCCAAGCGUGUGCGCAUGUGCUCUGUCAGCUGUCGCAUACACACCAUGAAAUUCCUGGGACUUGUGUCAUCUCCCAAAUCACCCACAGUGACAUCUCCACAAGCGCUGCUGUCAUUCUUUCAUCGAUUGUCUUUCUCAUCCAUGUCCAUUGCCACAUGGUUCCUGGUUAUACUAGCAACUGCAGCGAUAGACACUCCUGCCAGCACUGUCGCACCGAUACAAGACAAUAGAUUUCCUCAUAUAGUAGCGCAGUUUCCUGUGGGAAAUGAACAGCGAUAUGGACAUCUCCACUUGGAUACCAAUACAACCAGAGAAGGAGCUCUGAGAUUCAAUCAUCUUACUAUAGAUCCUACUACAGGAAGGCUCUAUGCAGGAGCUGUCAACAGACUCUUUCAGCUUGACUCAAGUCUUAAGCUGGAAGAACAUGUCUCGACAGGUCCAAGACUGGAUAAUCCUCAGUGUCAUGCAACAGGUUGCAUGUCAAGAGAGAUAACAACCUCCUUGAUGGAUAAUGUGAACAAAUUGCUAAUCGCCGAUCUCGAAUCACAGACGAUAGUCGCAUGUGGCUCUCUUCUUCAAGGUGCUUGCGAAAAGUACAAAAUGACCAACAUAUCCAUUAAACCGGAAUUCAUCCCCCUCAGCGUGGCGGCUAACGAUGAGAACUCCUCCACGUACGCCUUCAUCGGCCCCGAGAAAUACAAUCCGUGGGGACAAACGAACAUACUCUAUGUAGGCACGACAUUCACCAACAAAGGCGAUUACCGUCAUGAUGUACCAGCGAUUUCCAGCAGAAAUCUCGGUACGCUGGAAUUCGCCGAGUAUACGUUCAACAAGCAGUCAAUCGUAUACAUCGACGUCAAGUAUCGGGAUCACUUUCUGGUGAAGUACGUGUACGGCUUCAACGCGAGUGACUACGCGUACUUCGUCCUAGUGCAGAAACAGUCGUAUCUGCCCGAGCAAGAGGAGCUGGGGUACAUCUCCAGGUUGGCGCGUAGUUGCAUCAGCGAUCCGAACUACGACAGCUACACGGAAGUGACGCUGCAGUGUGCGGUUGAUACGGGGGACGGCAAGCAGCACUACUACAACUUGGUGCAGGACGCGAAGGUCGCGGUAGCCGGCAGCGACUUGGCCAUGCAACUCGGCAUCUCCGUGGGUGAUCCCAUCUUCGUCUCUGUAUUCUCGCCCAGCAGGGGCAUCACAAACGAGCCACUGUCGCGCUCGGCGGUCUGUGUCUACAGUUUGCAAGACAUCGAAACCAAGUUCAACGAAAAUAUCCACAUGUGUUUCAACGGCAGCAUUAAGUAUCGGAAUAUGGGCUACGUCAGCGGCCCCAUACAAGACGGGAAGUGUCCGACUGCUGGCACCACAGGUAACAUCUUGAACUUCUGCGAGGUGGGACUGAAGAUCUCGGGUGUAUCGCCGAUCACGGGCCAAGCCAUUUUGCAUUUUUCCGACACAUUCAUCACCUCGGUGACCAUUGCCAAUACUGAGAGCCAUACCGUGGCGUUUUUCGGCACAAAUGACGGCAUUCUGAAGAAGGUCUUAUUGUCCGGAACCGAAGCGUUCGUCUAUGAGAGUGUUACAAUUGACAAGGGACAAAAGUUGUUACCGGACACAUUGAUCUCACCGGAUGACGAAUAUAUCUACGUACUAUCUGCCUCGAAAAUAUCGAAGGUCAAAGUGGAACAUUGCAGUAGUUAUACCAAUUGCAGCAGCUGCCUCGACGCGAAAGAUCCUUACUGUGGUUGGUGCUCCUUGGAGAAGAGAUGUACAGUGAGAGGAGACUGCCAGAAAGCGAGUCACAGCAGUCCGCGAUGGUUGUCGUUAGGCACGGGUCAACAGUGCAUCGAUUUCGAGCAAGUUCUACCCGAUCGUAUGCCCAUUAAUCAAAUGACCACGGUGCAAUUAACAAUUAGAACUCUACCCGAGUUGCCGGCGGGCGCUAAUUACAAAUGCGUUUUUGGCAACGCCGAGCCGAUAGACGCGCUGAUGACCGGUUUUGGGCUAUCUUGCCCUACACCACCUAUCAUGGAAAGACCCAGCAUUCCUGAGGGCGUCGAUCACGCAUUGGUGCCACUGUCCGUACGCUCGAGCGAGACAAACAAGGAUUUCGUCUCGCGCAACUUCGCAUUCUUCGAUUGUUCAAGGCACACCGUGUGCACCGAAUGCGUCAAGUCGCAGUGGGCAUGCAGCUGGUGUGUUUACGACAACAAGUGCACCCACAACACUAGUUGUCAGGGUAUUAUAUCAGGAGAAAAUCAAAAUCAGGGUAAUCUCGCUGCGCACGGCGCGCAAUACUGUCCGCGAUUCACGGAACGUAAGGAGCCGUUGAUGCUGCCGAACAGCGUGCCCAAGGAGAUCGUGCUCGAGGUGGAAAAUCUGCCGCACCCGCAGGUUGGUCACAGCGGGUUCCAGUGCAUUGUUAGCAUCGAGGGCGCGAAUCUGAAGGUACAGGCUCGCGUGGACAGCAGCCGUUUCAUAGUGUGCGACAAGACGGUCUACUCGUACGAGGCGGUCACUGGGGAAUACGAGGCCGAGGUUACGGUCGUCUGGAACACUAAUCACCACGUGGACAAGACUACGAUCAUUCUAUACAAGUGCGAGGUGCUCGGCUCGCAUCGCGAACACGCGGACUGUUCCCUAUGCGUGACGCGAGACGCUCGUUUCGAGUGCACUUGGUGCGGGAACAGUUGCGUGUACAGGCACUCGUGUCUGCAGUCACCGUUCACCGAGUGCCCGAAGCCCCGGAUAGACAUGAUCAAGCCGCUGAGCGGGCCAAUCGAGGGCGGUACGUUAGUAACGAUUGAGGGCAGUAAUCUCGGAUUGAAGGAGAGCGACGUGGACGGUAAGAUACACAUCGGUAAUACACCGUGCAACCUGGUAGACUACGAGGUGUCGGUGCGUAUCGUCUGCCGCACCGGCCGGCACGAGGCCACGGAUGCUGCCUCGGUCGUCGUUGGCAACGACGCCGGAUACACGGAGAGCGCGGUGCUAUUCAACUACAAGGACAUACGUCUGUCGGGUCUGUAUCCGUCGGUUGGGCCGCAAAGUGGCGGCACGCAAUUAGCCAUCACCGGUAAGUACUUGAACAUCGGCAGCACCAUAUCGGCGUACCUGGACGAGCUACCGUGCCAUGUGAACGCGACCCAAGCGAGCAGUACGAGACUGACGUGCGUGACUAGCAAGUCGGGCCAUGUCCGGCGGAUUCACAGACUAACGUUGAGCAUCGACGGCGCGAAUCGCACCCUCGUGGAUAAUCCGUACAAUUACACUCACGACCCGACUAUCAUGGAGAUCAAGCCGCUCAGAAGCUUCGCUUCGGGCGGUCGCAUGAUCACCGUGCACGGCACGAACUUGGACACUAUUCAGAAGCCAGAGAUGGAAGUAUACUUCGACAACGAGCCGUUGCCGGUGAACAGGACUGUCUGCACUGUCCUGAAUCCGACUCAGAUGGAGUGUCCAAGCCCGAGCGUUGCCAAGAGAUUCACGUCGAUCCGACGUCGCAGAAAACGCUCGAUGGUCAACACCCAAGCGCCUCAGUCGUCGAAAUUGAAGGACUCCCAGCUGGCGUUCAAGAUCGCCUUCAUCAUGGACAACGUGGAGAGCGUGAGAGACCUGGAGAAGCACUUUCAGAACCUGCGUAACCGUCUGCUUUACGUCGACGAUCCGAAAUUCUUCCCGUUUCCGCGCAAUAUCAAGCUGUACAAGGGCGACACCUUGGUGAUCGAGGGUGAGAAUCUCAAUUACGCCAGCGACGAGUCCGACGUAAACGUCACUGUUGGCACUAUGCCUUGCAACGUCACCUCGCUCGCGCUCACACAGCUUGUGUGCACUCCGCCGGAUCAGCAGCCUGCCGACACGGACGAGCUCGGGAUCAAGACCGAGAGUGGACUGCCCUUGGUGGUGGUGCGGGUCGGUCGCAGUCUCCGCUUUCCCAUCGGCUUCCUGCGCUACGAGGUCAUCAAGUCCUACCCGAUCCCGCCGGAAGCCAUCGCGGGCAUCGCCGCCGGCACGUUCGGUCUCAUAUUUCUAUUCGUGCUGGUGCUGGUGAUUUAUCGUAGGAAGAGCACGCAAGCUGAGCGAGAAUACAAGCGGAUACAGAUACAGAUGGACACGCUCGAGAGCAACGUGCGGAUGGAGUGCAAGCAGGCGUUCGCCGAGCUGCAGACAGACAUGACCGACUUGACCGCGGAUCUCGAGUCGUCAGGCAUACCCACUCUGGAUCACAAGAGCUACAUCAUGAAAGUGUUCUUCCCUGGUGUAAUAGACCAUCCUAUAUUGAAUGAUCCGCGCUCACGUAGCAACGUCUCGCGGACCAACUACGACGCGGCGAUGAUACAGUUCGAGCAGCUCGUCAACAACAAGUACUUCGUACUGACUUUCAUUGAGACCUUAGAGGCGCAGAAGGAUUUUAAUAUUAGGGACAAGGUGAACGUCGCCUCCUUGCUCA